CGUCGAGAGAGCGCCGGAAAGUUCUCGGCAAAUGGCGUGACAUAUAAAUAGCAGCCGGGCACGCGCUUCGCUCACAUUUCGAAACAGUUGAUCAAAGCAGACAGAGCUCCAAAGAGCUCUUCACAAAAUUACAUAGAGGGAAUUUCAUCAAAAACAACCGGACUUACAAAGAUGCGUUCGCUGCCCAUGUUUCUGCGCCUGGCCGAGGAGAUGUCACGGCUGCCACGUGUGGCGCCCUUCCAGUCGCCCUUGCACUCGCUCUUCCACGAUCCUCCACUGUGGUCGGCGGUUGCAUUGCCCCGCAACUGGAAGCAGAUCGCACGCUGGCAGGAGCAGCAGUUUGCACCACCGGCCACAGUGGGCAAAGAUGGUUACCAGGUCAGCUUGGAUGUCAGCGUCUACAGGCCCAACGAGUUGACCGUCAAGACCGUCGACAACAGCGUCAUCAUCGAGGGCAAAUCGGAGCAACAGGAGGAUGAAUUGGGUGGCUAUAGCUCCCGUCAAUUCUUGCGCCGCUUUGUCCUCCCCAAGGGCUACGAUGUGGAACAACUGACCUCUAGUCUAAGCAGCGAUGGUGUGCUCACCAUCAGCGUGCCCAAUCCUCCAGCUGCCGAGCAGGAGGCGCUCAAGGAGCGCGUGGUGCCCAUUCAACAAACUGGCUUGGCGGCGGACAACGUCAAGGCGAAUCCUCCCAAGGAGGAUACGAAGAAGUGAACAACAAUAUAUUGGGGCCAUCUUUCCCUUCCCUAUUCGUAUUUAUCUUUAGAGUAGCAACAAAUUCAAAGUCUGUAAAAUUAGCAAUAAAUAAUUACAAAGUAA